ACAAAACGCGCUGCAACGACGCCAUAACUAUCACCUGUCCUAAUUUGAAAUGCUGUGCGCAAUUUCCGGCGAAGCGCCCGAAGUACCCGUCGCGUCUCGCAAGAGCGGCAAUGUCUUCGAGAAGCGACUCAUUGAGGCGUACAUAGCCGACAAUGGCAAAGACCCCGUGACGGGCGAGGAGCUGUCCGUCGAAGACCUGAUCGAGCUCAAGAAUGCUCGCGUAGUCCGGCCGAGACCGCCGACGCUGACCUCGAUACCAGCGCUGCUCUCGACAUUCCAGAACGAGUGGGACGCGCUGGCGCUGGAGACGUAUACGUUAAAGCAGCAAUUGGCACAGACGAGGCAGGAGCUAAGCACGGCGCUGUACGAGUACGAGGGUGCGUUGAGGGUCAUCGCGAAGGUCACGAAGGAACGGGAUGAGGCUAGAGAUGCGCUGUCGAAGGUCACCAUACAGGGAGGGGCUACCACGAACGGCGACGCUAUGCAAGUGGACAACCAACCGCUGCCAGACGAGAUCGCUGCAAAGGUGGAUGCGACACAACAGAGCUUGAUGGCAACGCGCCGGAAACGACCGAUUCCAGAAGGAUGGGCGACUGCCGAGACUCUCGAAGCGCUUGAGGAGAAACCACAUCCUGAUGCUUCGCUACCAGGCUCGCGAGCCCUCGCAGUGGAUGCCUCCGGCGAUCUUGCGCUCUUCGGUGGCAUUGACGGCGUUGCAGUAAUUUACUCGAUAUCGAAGCAGCAGACGGUGCAAACGAUAAAGGUUGGGUCUGGAGCGGUCACAGCAGCAGUGUGGUGGGACUCACGGCCCGUCCUUGCGCUGUCGACGGGCACAGUAAAGAUCUUUGACAAUGGCACGGAGCUGGGGGCAUUCUCGGUUCACGCUGGCCCGGCGACAGAUCUUUCGCUGCAUCCAUCCGGCGACCUGCUUGCUUCUGUCGGCUCGGACAAGAGCUAUGUCAUCUACGACCUGACCACGAUGAGUCAAAUCGCGCGAGUCUUCACCAACACUGAAUUAUCUAAGGGCCAGUUCCACCCCGACGGCCACCUCUUCGCCGCCGCCGGUGCGGACGCCGAAAUCAAGCUCUUCGACGUCAAGACUGGUGAACUACAGGCCAGCUUCCCAACGGACGGCAGCGUAGUCGCCCUGUCCUUUUCCGAGAACGGCACGUGGCUUGCCUCCGCUUCGGCGGGCAGCACGACUGUUGCUGUGUGGGACUUGCGAAAGCUGAACACGAUCAAGACGCUGGAUAUCGGCAGCGCCGUAUCAAGCGUCAAGUGGGACUACACAGGCCAGUUCCUCGCCGUCGCGGGCGCAGGUUGCGUGGUCGUGGAGCAGUACGAGAAGAAGUCAAAGGCGUGGUCCGAGCCGUUGAGGAAAGCCAUUGCGACGACAGAUGUGGCUUGGGGUGCUAACGCGUCGACAUUGGUUCUGCUUAACACAGAGGGGGCUCUCGUCACACUCGCGUAAGAAGAGUCCAGCGUGCCUUUGAGCAAUGGGCUCGGCGUCUGUUUGGGGACUUGUAAAAGUACGUUUACUCAUCACGGGUCUGGGCAUUGGGCUGCAUGCGAUUGAAUCAAGUCGCUACCGAAUUGCAACGGUGAAUUUUCUUUUCUCGCACAAAUCUGCACGUCCUAAUUCACACACACAUUGACCGCGCAACUUCUUCUUGCCUUUUCGUCGCUGGGAUUGGAGACGAG